AUGCCACUUCUGUUGGGCUGGGACCUCUUCCACAGUCCCCCUCGGGCCGGAUGUGGGAUAGCUGCAAAGGGGCAGCACCUGGCGUUCCUAAAUCAUUUCCCAGCAGCGCUGCUCUUGGGCUUCCUUGCGCCGAUUCUGGGCGCCGCUUUUCUCUAUCCUACCGUGAUUUCAUUCGACCAGAGCCAGAUGCUCAUUGCCUUGUGGCAGGGCUGGCCGAUAUGGACAACCGCCCUCACGCUGACGCUGUUCUCUAUCCGCAAGCCAGCGACCCUACAGGGUUCAGGGGAAAAGAAACAGGCGACAAUCCAAGAUACGGGCCAGACACUCCAUGCGUUUGCGUUUGCAUGCGCAAUCACCAGCCAUUGGAUCCUAUGCAUGUCGUCGCUUGUCAGCUUCACAGGGACCGAAAAUUCUUCUUCCCUACCGAGUCUCCUGCUCCCCCACCUGCCAUGGUCUCACGAAAAACCGUCGUCAAUCGGCGAGGGCGUGUUGUGGUUCCUUCAGUGGGAUUACUCCAUCGCAGCGGCGGCUACCCUGAUCUGGUCGGUGACGCUUUGGCUACGUGCUACUUCACAUGCUUCGGUACGUGGGAGCGGAGGAACGCUUGUUCUCCAGUCAGCAGGCUGGUCCCUUGUCAGUGGGCCUUGUGGAGCAGCUGUUGUGCUGAUGUGGAGACGACACCGUCUCCUCUCCCGCUAUUGCCGCGAGACCUGA